AUGUGGGAUAAGGAGAUAGUUCAUAUUGAGGAGCAGAUUUCUGGACCAGUCAAGAAUUUUACAGGCUGCAUAAAAGUUAUAGAAAUCAAUAACUGGGGAUUGUUUACACCAAGCAAGGCAGUGGACAAAAAUCACAUUGGCGAUUGCAGAUCCCAGGAUUCUACUCCAUCGCCAACAGCAUCCUUCUCUGCUCCUUCUGGUAUGACAGAAGAAGCUGACUCUGUGUGGACUUCCUGCAGCCCCUUGCCUCCAGCACCAUCCAUUUGCCAGGAGGAUGUGUGCCACAAUGGAGGCACCUGCCAUCCUGUCUUCCUUUCAAGCGGUGCAGCCUCUUUUCAGUGUGACUGUCCACUACAUUUCACUGGUCGUUUCUGUGAAAAAGAUGCACGUUUAUUUGUUCCAUCUUUCAAUGGGAAUUCCUACUUAGAACUGCCUUUUUUGACAUCCCUGGAUGAAUUUAAAUUUGUCCUGGAGAAAGAACGUAACCCAACUGUUACCAUCUACUUGACUAUAAAAGCAAGCUCUUUAAAUGGCACUAUUCUCUACAGUAGUGAGAAGAAUUUUGGAACACAGUUUCUUCAUUUAUUUCUUGUGGAAGGAAGGCCCACAGUUAAAUAUGGAUGUGGAAGUUCUGAAAGUAUCUUGACUCUUUCUGCCAAUUACAGCAUUAACACAAAUGCAUUCAUCCCUAUCACAAUACGCUACACAAUGCCAGUUGGAAGCCCUGGAGAUGCCUGUAUGAUUGAAAUGAGUGCAGAUGGAAAUCCUCCGAUGCAGAAGAAAGACACAGAGGCAGCCCAUGUUUCUCAGGUAUAUUUUGAUUCAAUUUACCUUGGCCAUAUCCCUGCAAAUGUAAAAAUCCGUAAGAGUGAGGACCAUAAUUAUGGGUUCAAGGGCUGCAUUCGAGAGCUUCAAGUAAAUAGCAAAGAAUUCUUUAUCAUUGAUGAAGCACGAUGUGGAAAGAACAUUGAGAACUGCCAUGUCCCUCGAUGUGCUGAUCAUCCAUGCUACAACAAUGGCACCUGCACCAGUGAUAGUGAAAACUGGUUUUGUGAGUGUCCAAGGCUGUACUCAGGCAAGUUGUGCCAGUUUGCAACUUGUGAAAAUAACCCAUGUGGAAACGGUGCCACCUGUGUUCCAAAAUCCAGCACUGAUACUGUCUGCCUCUGCCCUUAUGGGAGGUCUGGACUCCUCUGCACUGACGCUAUUAAUAUUACUCAGCCCAAGUUCGGUGGCACAGAUGCCUUUGGCUACACCUCAUUCCUGGCUUAUUCACGGAUACCAGAUAUUAGCUUCGAUUAUGAAUUCCACUUGAAGUUUCAGCUGGCAAACAACCAUUCAGCUGUGCAAAAUAACUUGAUAUUUUUUACGGGACAGAAGGGCCAUGGGCUGAAUGGCGAUGACUUCCUGGCAGUGGGCCUGGACAAUGGCAGCGUGGUUUACAACUAUAACCUGGGAUCUGGCAUAGCAAGUAUCAGAAGUGAGCCUCUCAAUCUGCGCCUUGGAAUACACACGAUCCAUCUGGGGAGGCUCUUCCAAAUGGGCUGGCUGAAGGUAGAUGAUCAUAAAAAUAAAUCUAUCAUCUCCCCCGGAAGACUGGUUGGUCUCAAUGUCUUCAGUCAAUUUUAUGUAGGUGGCUACAGCGAGUACCUUCCAGAUCUUUUACCAAAAGGAGCUGAUUUUAAAAAUGGCUUUCAAGGUUGUAUUUUUAAUCUUCAAGUGCGCACUGUGAAGAACAGCCAUUUCAGAGACCUAGGAGAUCCUGAGACCUCCCCAAAUUCUGGGCGCAGUGUUGGUCAAUGUGAUACUUCUCCUUGCAGUUUAAUGAAAUGUGGCAAUGGUGGAACAUGCACAGAGAGUGGAUCUACUGUUUACUGUGACUGUCCCACUGAGUGGAAAGGGGCGUUCUGCACGGAGGCCAUUUCCACUUGUGAUCCUCAGCAUGACCCUCCACACCAAUGCAGCAAAGGAGCAACCUGUGUUUCUUUGCCUGAUGGAUACACCUGUUACUGUCCUCUAGGAACUACUGGAAUGUACUGUGAACAAGCUUUAUCCAUAAGUGAUCCAUCUUUCAGAAGCACCGGUUUAUCCUGGAUGUCUUUUGCUUCCUUUCCUAUUCGAAAGAAGACACAUAUUAAACUGCAGUUCCAGCCUAUUUCUGCAAAUGGCAUCCUAUUUUAUGUGGCACAACAUUUAAAAGAACAAUCAGGUGAUUUUUUGUGUAUUUCUUUAGUAAAUGGUUCUGUUCAACUUCGCUACAAUCUUGGUGACAGAACUAUCAUUCUCCAAACUCUGCAAAGAGUAACUAUUAAUGGAAGUACUUGGCAUAUGAUUAAAGCAGGAAGAGUUGGUGCUGCAGGCUACCUGGAUCUGGAUGGGAUAAAUGUAGCAGAAAAAGGCAACACUAAAAUGAGUUCCUUGGACACAAAUUCCGAUUUCUAUGUUGGAGGAGUGUCAUCCUUAAAUCUUGUAAAUCCCAUGGCAAUAACAAAUGAACCUGUAGGUUUUCAAGGUUGUAUUCGAGAAGUUAUUAUAAACAAUCAAGAAUUACAAUUAACUGAAUUAGGAGCGAAAGGUGGUUCAAAUGUAGGUGAUUGUGAUGGGACAGCCUGUGGAUACAAUGUGUGCAGAAAUAGGGGUGAAUGUAUAGUAAAUGGUCCAACUUUUUCUUGCAAAUGUUUGCCACAUUGGACUGGAAGUACAUGUGAGCAAUCUGUGUACUGUUUGGAUCAUCUUUGUCUCCACCAAUCUCUGUGUGUACCUGAUGAAUCGUUUUCUUACAGUUGUUUGUGUACUUUGGGUUGGAUGGGAAGGUAUUGUGAAUACAAAACUUCAUUUUCAACAGCAAAAUUUAUGGGUAAUUCUUAUAUUAAGUAUAUUGAUCCAAAUUACAGAAUGAGAAACCUUCAGUUCACGACUGUUUCCUUCAAUUUUAGUACUACUGAAACAGAAGGCUUAAUUAUAUGGAUGGGAAAAGCUCAAAAUGAAGAAGAUGAUUUUCUGGCAAUUGGUCUCCAUAACUGUUCCUUGAAAAUAGCAGCUAACCUAGGAGAAAGAAUCUCGGUGCCUAUGUUCUAUAACAACCACACAUUCUGUUGUAACAAAUGGCACCAUGUAGUUAUAAUUCAAAAUCAGACUCUUAUUAAGGCCUACCUAGAUGGCAAUUUAAUACUGUCUGAGGACAUUGAUCCAUGCAAAAAUUUUGUUGCUCUAAACUAUGAGGGUGUCAGUUAUUUAGGGGGCUUUGAAUAUGGUCGAAGGGUAAAUAUUGUCACUCAAGAGAUUUUUAAAAGAAAUUUUGUUGGCAAAAUCAAAGAUGUCUUUUUUCAGGAUUCCAAAAAAGUUGACUUAAUUAAAUCAGAAGGAUACAAUGUUUAUAAUGGAGAUGAACAAAAUUAG